AUGGCACAUUUGGUGGAAAACGGUAUCAUCAACGAUGGCAGUUGGCAAAUUUCAAUUCUUGUCACCGAUCUGAAUAUCCAGCGACAUUUGUUCGUCACCGGAACACUGCACAUUGGCGGCUUGAUGCUUCGGCUUGUCGAUGAUAUCGAUGUGACGCGAGACUGGAGUGACCAUGCACUUUGGUGGCCCGAAAAGAGGCGUUGGUUGACACACACGCGAAGCACACUCGAUCAGAUUGGCAUCACUGCUAAUUGCAACUUAGAAUUCACUCCACAGCACAAACUUGCAAAGUUUGUUUUUUUUUUCCACACAGAUUUUUUUUUAUAA